AUAUUGCUAAUAGCUAAUGCUUGAAAAUGCAAGUGCUUGGAUUAGGGUUCUUAGCGAUGUUUGUGGAGCUGCUGCUCGCGACGCGGCUAGCGGCGGGAUGAUUCUUGCUGCGAGCAAUGGUGGCAGGAUCUUCCGGCGGGUGAAUUUGGGGCAGGGAUGCUCCGGUCCGUGCUGUUCUUCGCCUCGAUUCUCCAUCUCCAAAUUGGUGUCGCCCUCUCGCGGUGAUGAGGGCAAGCAAGCACAGCAGCAGCAUUCGCUGAGUAGGAAGAUUAGCAACGACGAUCUGUCGCGCUACGGGCUGGAUCAGUCGGAUUUCGACGUGAUGAGGAAGGUCCCGGAUCAAAUUCUCUACGAGGAGGACUCGGACGAUUGGGCUGCCUAUCUCCUCCUCUCCGCCGAUUGCAAGAGGACCUACGUGGGGAUUACUCGCAAUGUCCAUCGCAGGUUGAGACAACACAAUGGAGAGCUCGUUGGUGGAUCCAAGUCGGGGCGCGUGGGGCGGCCGUGGAGGCUGAUUUGCACGGUUCGCAGCUUCGACACUCGCAGCGAAGCUUCGCAAUUCGAGUACUUGUGGAAAUCGCUGACGAGAACAGUCACUGGCUUCAAAUCCGAGCCACCAACAAGCAGUGAUAGCAGCGACGAUCGAGGCCCCGAUCGAAGCGGCGACGCGAGGAGCAUCGCAGCGUUCCACCACGUUGUGCGUCGCCGCCAGGCAGCGCUCGAGCAGGUUCUCGAUCGAAGCGACGAGUGGAAGAGCUCCUUGACUGUAGAGUGGCACGAAGAAGAGACAGAGACCAAGUAAAGAUCGGUCUCGAGUUCGAUUCUCGACCCUUACUUUA